AUGACUGCACAGAAGGUUGUCAGAGCGGGACAUUUGGAAGGAACUGCAACAAAACUUGCAGUAGCAACUGCAGAAAUAGGAGUAUCUGUGAAAAAGAUACAGGUCACUGUAUUGAUGGAUGUGCAGCAGGAUGGAUUGGUGAAAUUUGCAACGAAAGGAAUUCCAAAUAUUAAUGGUUUUUUUUCGUCAGAAUGUGAUGGUGGGCUUUUCGGAGAAAAGUGUACGAAAUUUUGCAGUCAUUGCUCUGGAUUCAAAACGUGUUAUCAUGUAACUGGAAUAUGUUUUAAAAGAUGUAAACCAGGCUAUAUGGGAGAAGACUGCCGAAAAAAAUGUGAACCUGGAUUAUUUGGUGUUAACUGCAGCUCUGGAUGUGGACACUGCUUAAAAAAUAAACCCUGUCAUUUUGAAACUGGAGUUUGUUCUGAAGGAUGUGAACCGGGCUACAGAGGAAAUAACUGCAAAAAGAAAUGUGACGAUGGACUUUUCGGUAUUAACUGUAGCACACCAUGCGGCCAUUGCUUUGAUAACCAAACCUGUCACCAUAUAAACGGAAGCUGUUAUAGAGGGUGUGAAGUUGGAUAUAGGGAAAUCAACUGCACGGAAGAGUGCACAGCUGGUUUUUAUGGUCUUAACUGUGAAGAAAUGUGCAACGCAACUUGUAAUAGCUGUAAUAAAAAGUCGGGAUUUUGUGAAAAAGGUUGCAAACCAGGAUGGAAAGGCAACUUUUGUCAAAGUGAGUGUGAUAAUUAUUUCUACGGAGACAAUUGCAGUUCUCGAUGUGGACAUUGCUUCGGCAAUAUACAAUGCCAUUACAUCGAUGGAACGUGCAAGAAUGGAUGCACUGAAGGUUUCAAGGGUUCCAAGUGUACUGAAGGCUGCCAGACGGGAACUUUUGGAAUGAACUGCAACAAAACUUGCAGUAUUAACUGCAAAAAUAGGAGCAUCUGUGAAAAAGAUACAGGUCACUGUAUUGAUGGAUGUGCAGCAGGAUGGAAGGGUGACAUUUGCAACAAAAAAUGUGAUAACAAUAUGUUUGGAGAAAACUGCGAGCAGAAAUGUGGCCACUGCGCAAAUUCAUCCAACUGCAAUCCUGUCAACGGAUCCUGUCAAACUGGAUGUGAUUUAGGCUUUCAAGGUCCACUGUGUAAUGAUGAGUGUAUCAGCGGUCAGUUUGGGUAUAACUGUAUGGAUAAUUGUAGUUCACUCUGUGUCGAUGGAAGAUGUGAUAAAAAAUCUGGUGCGUGUAAAAGGAUUGCAUUUCGAGCAAGCAGUCCAAAUGAUGAAAACGACAAUGAAUUAUAUAUUGGCGUAGGUGUUGGGUUGUUCGUCAUUAUCAUCGCAGCGGUUAUUUCAGUUGUCGUCGUAAAACGAUUUCUGCGGGUCAAACGAAAACCUAAAGAAAUAAAAACAUCGGAAAGAAGUCACUGUGGAUUUGAGAUGAAGACAUUGGGACAGAGGGACGGCUUAAAGAUGGAUAAUAAGGAUGAAACGUCGCCUGUAUAUGACGGUUUUAUCUCUGUAAUACCCAAGGAUACCAAUUAUUCUAACGUAAACAUCAACACAGCUCUAGAUAUACCUAUUGAUAAACUUGAGAUUGUCAUUGCGGAGAAGAGAAAGAACGACAAUGAGGGCUUCCGAAAAGAAUAUGCGGCCAUUCCAAGAGGUGAACUACACUCAUGUGAAUUUGGAAAAAAGCCAGAAAAUGUUCCUAAAAAUAUAUAUAAAACAACUUUUCCUUAUGACCAUUCUCGAGUGGUUCUUGAUAAUCAAAGCAGUGAACAUUCGGACUAUAUUAAUGCUAAUUAUAUAGAGGGGGCGAACCGACAAAAAGAAUACAUUGCUACCCAAGGACCAAAGUCAAAUACUCUUGGAGAUUUCUGGAGAAUGAUUUGGCAAGAAAACGUAUCUUCAGUUGUCAUGGUGACAAAUCUUGUUAAAGGAGAAAAGGUCAAGUGCAAUAAAUACUGGCCGGAUAAGGACAACCAUGCGCUCUACGGUCCAGUGCAGGUCACGCUUAUGGAAGAGAAAGAAUACGCGUGUUUCACAACUCGCCAACUUUCAGUGCUCCACAAAAAGCUCAAAUGUACACGUGUAGUAACACAAUAUCACUACACUGCCUGGCCUGAUCACGGGGUUCCAGAGCCGCUGUGUUUGCUUACAUUCCAUAACCACGUCAUAACUACAUCAGCCAACAAUAGUCAAAGUCCAACAAUCGUACAUUGCAGCGCUGGAGUAGGAAGGACAGGUACUUAUAUAGCUUUGGAUGCGCUCUUUCAAAUUGGCAAGAAAACUGGCAAAGUGAAUGUUGCUGAAUUUGUAGCGAAAAUGAGACAAAACAGAGUCUUAAUGGUACAAACAUAUGAGCAGUAUAUUACGAUAUACCUUGCCCUGAACGAAGUUUUCAAAGCACCUGUUAAAUUGGACACUAUGGUUGAAUUUCUUAAAAAAGCAGAGAAAGCGAGGAAAAAUAUCCCGGUCAAUCAAAACCCACUUCACGAUGAAUUUCAGCUUCUGUUAAAAAUUCGUCAAAAAUAUUCUAAAGAUGAUUAUAAUUUUGCGAUGUAUGAUUCAGAAGAUCAGCUUUCCGGAGAAAUUUUAUCUUUGAAGAAAUACGGUCUUUAUCUGUCCCCAAACAAAACAACACGAGGCAAUUACAUCAAUGCAAUAGCGGUGCCGUCAUUUACCAAUCUUCAGCAUUUCAUUGUGACAAAGUAUCCACUGGAAGAGAACGCUACGGAUCUCCUACGUCUGUUGAGUGACCACGAGUCAGAUACAGUCAUCUCUUUGCAACCGCUGUCUGGGAUCAAAUUGGCCAAGGCGUGGUUACCUCCUGUAUCCUCCUCCAUAAAGAUCCCCCCGUUCACAGUACAUCAUCGGUCGGAAUCUCAGACUGAUGUCAUAACACACGAGAUCCAAAUUGUUCAUGACAAUGCGGAAGUACGUACAGUAAUUAUUGUUGAACCUGAAGUUGAAAUACAGUGUUCUGGAAGUUCUGUUGACACGUCCCAGCUUCGGAGUUUGGUAUCGACGGUCCUUUAUUUGGUAACAAAACAACCAAUAACUAUUCUAAGCAGUGACGAUGCCUCUCAGUGCGGACUGUUUAUCGCCGUCCAUAACGUCAUCCAACAGAUGAACAUGGAUGACAGAGUGGACGUAUUCACCGCCGUCAGACAGCUGCAGAUCAGACGACCCGAGUUCUGUGCUAAAUUUGAAGACUACCAAUUGAUUUAUCAAGCGGUUAUGGACCACUGCCAAAAUACGUCAGAAAACAUCUAUUAAAACCAAUAAAAUGAAAUAGUGGCUGACACGUUUAAAUGAUAUAUAAUGUACUUGAAACUUAUUAUUAACAUUAUGAAUUUAAGCAUAGUCUGAUUCAAUCGAAUACGAUACAUGUUUUUUUUUUUAGAUUUUAUUUUCAAGUUAUUUUUACAAUGAUAUAAUUACCGACAGUUUUGUUCAAUGUUUUAUACUUAUUAGUACAUGCUUAUAAUUAGUAAAAUUGAAAGGAAUUUUAUAGUCAUGUACGUUUUUAAUAACAUAAAUGCUGAAAGCAUCUUAAUAACUUCCAUUAAUAUUCCAUAAUCACUCAAAUCAAACAAUACAAAAUUGUUUCGAUUUCAUUCCAAGUAGUUUUUGCAUUUUUUAAUGGUACAUGUAUUAUUUUAUUUGUUAUUUUAGAUCUGAUUUGAAGCGUAUUAUAAAUUUUGCCUAAAGAUUAUUUUUUUUAUUAUGAACACUAGUUUCAAUCAUGUCAAUCAAAUACCGUAUACAAAUGUCAUUAUACAUUUCGAAAAGUGGUUGACUGUGUUUAAAGAAGUUAAUUUCACACGUAUGACCUUAUUUAUUCUUUAUCGUUAAUUAUUAGCAAAACAGACCCCAAAAAGAACAAUUAUAAAAACACAAUGCCUUUUCUGACUUUCAGUUCAAUGUAACAAAAAUGUUUUAUGAAUAUGAACCAAACAAAAUGAAGAAAAAGUGUCCAUAUAUGUAGAGUAUUUUAGACAUUGAAACGUACCGAUGAAAAAUUUAACAAAGCCUUGAUUUCAUUGGAUAUUUGUAUUCUAUCCCAAUUAGUUGUUUCAAGAGUUAAAAAAAAUUUUUUUUUUUUACUCUGCUGAUGAAUUUUGCUUUGUGUCUCGUAAAUGUGAC